GCCCUUCGGGGAGCCAAUCGGAACGCUUGUACAGGGAGCCAAUCAGAGAGGCUGUGACAUCCUGUGAGGGAUGGGGAGAGAGCGUCCCUAAGCAGGAGGUGCCCCAGGAGGUUACUGCUCUGGUGGUGCGACCCGCUCCUGCAGCUCUAGCGCCUCUCCUGCAGCGGCCGGGGUCCCUGCAGGACAUGGAGCCUACCCAGGCGGGACAGGUUGUGGUGAUUGGCAGCGGACUGAUUGGUCGCAGCUGGGCUAUGGUGUUUGCUGGUGGAGGCUUCAGAGUGAAACUUUACGAUAUUGUGCAACAACAGAUAACAAGCGCUCUGGAAUACAUUAGCAGAGAAAAGAAGGAACUGGAAAGGUGUCAGCUUUUAAAAGGUUCGUUGAAUGCACAAUAUAGCGAAUUUUCUCUCUGUUCUUCAGGGAGUCAGAUUUCUAAUGCUAUUUAUUACUACUUUUUAUUCCAGGAAUGCACGCCAGAGAAACUAGAAUUAAAAAAGAAGAUUUUUGGUCAGUUAGAUCUUAUUGUCAGUAAUGAUGUUAUCCUAAGCAGCUCAACUUCCACGCUUUUGCCUACUAAGUUGUUCACUGGCCUUAAACAUGUGAAGCAGUGUAUUGUGGCACAUCCUGUAAAUCCGCCCUAUUACGUGCCACUGGUUGAACUGGUUCCCCAUCCAGAAACAGAGCCUUCUACAGUGGAUAAAACCCAUGCUCUGAUGAAGAAGAUUGGACAGUCACCCGUCAAAUUAACCAAAGAGAUAGAUGGGUUUGUUCUGAACCGUCUCCAGUAUGCAGUUAUUAGUGAGGCAUGGAGGCUCGUGGGUGAAGGAGUAAUAUCUCCUGCUGAUCUAGACCUUGUGAUGUCUGAUGGAUUGGGAAUGCGGUAUGCAUUUAUAGGGCCGCUUGAAACGAUGCAUCUCAAUGCAGAAGGAAUGACAAAUUAUUGUGAGAGAUACCGUGAAGGAAUGAUACAUGUUCUGAAAACCUUUGGGCCAGUACCAGAUUUUUCAGGUGAAAUUGAGCAGCAAAUCAGCCAGGCCAUGAGUGAAAAAACUCCAGCUGAUCCAGAACAUCUAAAUGCCAGGAGAGCAUGGAGAGAUGAAUGUCUUAUGGGUCUUGCCAAGUUGAAAAAACAAAUGAAAUCCAACUGAGUUGCAUCCUCUGUAAUACACAAGGGCAAAUUAUCGGCAUAUCUCCACAAAAGUGGGUGCUUCCAUUUCCACAGGCAAAAAUCUGUAUUUGCAGAACAGGUGACUCAAUAUGCAAGCAAUGAUUUUUGCCCAUGUGCGAAUGCAGAGGGUGAUUCAAAAUGUAAUCCAAUUGUCAUUACAUUAUUAAUUAGUGACAGGAACUGCGUAAGAAACUAAUGCAUGAAAAACUUUUUAUAUGAUUAUUCUAAAUGCUUUAAUACUAGCUUAUGCAGAUUUGUUGUAGCCCUGUCAGUCCCAGGAUAUUAGUGAGACAAGGUGAGUGAGUGAUAUAAUAUCUUUUAUUGGACCAACUUCUGUUGG